AUGCUUGCAAAAACGGACUCGUUUUUGGGGCCAUACGAAAUGGUCUCGUCACCGUCUCCAUCGUCUUCGUUUUUGUCGUCUUCGUCGUCGUCGUCUUCGUCGUCGUCGUCGUCGUCUUCGUCGUCGUCGUCGUCGUCGUCGUCGUUCGUCUUCUUCCUUCUCUUCGCCGUCUUCAUCUGCGUCUUCUUCGCCUUCUCGCGUGUUGUAGUAAUAGGUGGAAAGGAAUGGAUGGAAGGGGUAGCUGAAGAAACACUGAUGAUUGGAAGUAGUCAGGGAGGGGUGAUUGGUAGAGGAGAAAAGAAGAAUUGA